AUGGCGCCAAAACGGAUGCGCUUUUCCUUUUCCUCAUGCCCCCCUCUUCUCCUUCUUCUGCCCGUCCUUGUCCCCACGGUGCUCUCCUAUGACAGCGACUUUGGGUUCUACUCGAAAGACUCCCAACCUUGUCUCGACAGCGCCUCGAAAUCAUCUCAAUGCACCGGUGGUGACGCCCAGGAGCUGAAUCAGUGUCUUUGCAGUAAUGGCGGCAAUUUCAUCAUCAAUGCAGCCCUAUGUCUCGGCGACAAGGAUCCACUCGAUUUGUCUCGCGUGUAUCAAAUCAUGGCGGACGCCUGCUCGGUCUCCAAGACGCCAAUAUCAGUUAGCGAGAAGGCGUUUUUGGAUGCUGGGACCGAAGGAGACUUUACUACACACCCGUCUACCAAGACCUCAGCCACGUCCUCAACCAGGACCUCAACCAGGACCAUAACCAGGACCGCAACCGGGACCUCACCCGCCACCUCGACUGCGACUGCGACUUUGACUUUGAUGUCGGCCGUAUCUUCAACUUUGACUGGGAAGAGUGGAACGGCAUCUCCCACGCAGUCAAAUCCGAGCAGCGGAGCUGACGUUGACACCAAGUCGUCAGGUCUUGCAAAGGGUCCCAUGAUUGGUCUUGCCGUCGGCGCAUCCGUAGUCGGCACAGCCCUAAUAUCAGCGUUGUUCCUGUUUCUUCGACACCGGCAGAAGAAAGUUGAAGACGAAACCAGCCCGAUGAUGGCCCAGAACGACUACUACAAGCGUGAUACGGCGACGACGUUCCCUCCCACGGAGCCAUCCCCGCCCCUCCCGCUGGCCGGAUCCGAUGCCAAAGCCUCCUGGGGGUCGAGUCCGUCGCCUGCUUAUCCGUCGUCGACCGACUUCAACAAGUCUCCCGGGCAAUACGCUGGUCCGUACGCGGCGCCAACCCCUCAAGACAGCACAGCGAUGCACGGAGCCCCGAGCCCUGCCGCGUUUGAAAUGGAUGCAUCGGCUACGCCUACACCUGCACUGGUCGAGGCCCCCGUAGAGAUGGAGGGAUGUGCCCCUCCCACGCAUCACCAGAGUCGGCAAUGA